UCGUGUCCUCCGGUGCGAGAUCCACCCAGACCAGCCACCGCUCCGUCCGCCGCGGCUCCCAUUCCCCAUGCCGCCGGCGCCGGCGCGAUGGCGGCGCGGGGGCCGGUCGCCCUUGCCCCCGCGUCUCCUCCAGCGCGCCUUCCUCGUGGCCGCCUUCUUCGCCGCGGCCCUUAUCCUCCUCAUACUACUCCAGCACCACCACGGCCCUAAACCCCCAAACCCCUCCACCGCGUCCGGCGCCCGCGCCUUCUCCGACCAGCUCCCCGACGACUCGCCCCCCGCGGAGCGGGAUGCGGGGGUCGGGGACGCUGCGGUCGUCGGGGACUGGGCCACGUGCGCGACGGUGGAGAGGAUGGGGGAGGAGGCCGCGGGCGAGGGGCGGGGCUCGCCGGAGCAGGCCAGCCUGCGGGUCCGCGAGAUGAUCCGGCAACACUUCGAGCUCCAAGGAGCAGAAAGAGUGAGAAUGCUUCCUGCCCAUGAAUUCUGCAAACAAGGCUUUGUGUUGGGCAAAGCAUCUGAAGCUGGAUUUGGCAAUGAAAUGUACAAGAUCUUAACAGCAGGAGCCUUGAGUGUCAUGUUAAACCGGUCUUUAAUCAUCGGGCAAACCAGGGGAUUGUAUCCUUUUUGGGAGUACAUUUCUUAUACCAACCAGUCGUUCACUAUUCAUGAAAUCAAACAUUUGUGGAGGAAACAUCACUGUGCUAGAACGUAUGGUCGAGAUCUGAAUAUAAGAGUGGACAUUUUUGAAAACCCGGCUGAGACGAAUGUUCUGUGUAGUGACUGGAAUAGCUGGAAGGAUCCAAUUAUCUGGUUUGAUGGCACGACAGAUGCUGUUGGGAUUCAGUUUUUUCUGAAGAAUGUUCAUCCUAGAAUGAAGGCUGCUGCAUUGGCGCUUUUUGGAUUGCCAGACUCAUUACAUGCCAGGCCAAAUACAUUCGGUGAACUUAUGCGAGCUAUCAUAUCACCAUCCAGUACAGUCCAAGCAGCAGUUAACUGGGCUUUGAAGGGUGCGAAUCCAGAUAUUGUUUUGCACAUGCGCAUGAUGGCGAAUAGGCCAGUCCGAGCAAGAAAAGCUGCAGUUCUUUGUAUCAAGAGAGCCCUACAGAUUUGCAGUAUGAAGGGUACACCUCGGGUGGCAUUGGUCUCAGACACACCAGCAUUUGUGAAGGAGAUAAAGUCAGACAUCAGUGAGUUUGCAGAGGUACUUUAUUUUGAUUACAAGCUGUUUACCAAGACUUCUGGUCUAGAGAUAGAUGGAAAUGAUAAGCCUUUGAAUUUUCGUUCAAGAGACUGGGGAUCAGCUCCAAGGUGGGUGGCAUUUGUUGAUUUCUUUCUAGCUGCACAAGCCAAAUACGCAGUUGUCACCGGAGCACAUCGUCGUGUGGGGACAACAUACGCUCAACUCAUUGCAGCAUUGGCUGCAGCAAACAGACAUGGUCAAGAGCCUUCAGGCACCAACUUCACGUUCUUAAGCAGCGUCCACAGCAACCUGUUGGUUGACGGGCUCUCGACGCAAGUCGGCUGGGGCCACAUCUGGAACAGAUACGCUGGCCCACUCAGCUGCCAGCGCCAGCCGCACCAAUGCGCCCUUACCCCGCUCCUCCCUCCCGCUUGGUGGGACGGCCAGUGGCAGAGCCCCAUUCCCAGGGACGUGAGGAGGCUACUGGAGUACGGCGUUCGGCUAUCAAACACUGGGAAGGUGGAUGAGAGGCACCUUGUGUCGCACUGCAGGUCGAGGAAAGACCAUGUGAAGAGGUACCAUGUCCUCCCACCAUACAAGAACCCAGCCCGAUGAGGGAACAACUCACGUCGCGCUCUUGAAGAGCUCGGUUUUGCAUUAAACCACUUAUGGCGAGUGUAGGUUAGAGAGGCCAGGGUUUCAUCUGGCCAUGGUGCUAAUUUCUGUGCCGCGACUCUGACGGUGCCGGUUUUGGCGAGAUUUAGCGCAGGUGCUCGGCUGGUAGUAUCAUGAAUCGUGCUGUACAUCACGGCAACAUCAAAGUCCCAGUGUUCAUCCAUAGCUGCAGAGUGGUGUGUUAUUCGCCUUCUAGCUAGCGCUAUUUUGAUGCUAUUCAUUCUCA